GGUCGGGUUGUCUCAUUCUCUCGCAGCCAGUCUGAGCGGAUAACGAAAGCGAACAGAGAACCAUAUCGAAUAGAACGGCCGAGCAACACACGGGAUAUAGCCUACUCCAGGGGUUGAUAGAAGAUUGUUUGCAUCGACCGUCCGUGUGUCAACUAUUUGGAAGAGCCAGGAUGUCCAGUGAGGUGCAGCCCAGCUCAAGGCCGGACGAUAGUCCCAACACCAGUGGGGGCAGCUGGGACGUGGAGCAGAGAGAGGUGGCCCCACCGGUUCAGGGUCAGGAGAGGGAGAGGGAUCAGACAACACCCAAGAAGAAAGAGGCCAAGAUAUCCAGCAAGACCGCUGCCAAGCUCUCCACCAGCGCCAAGAGGAUUCAGAAGGAGCUGGCUGAGAUAACCUUGGACCCGCCACCUAACUGCAGUGCGGGUCCAAAAGGAGACAACAUCUAUGAGUGGAGAUCUACCAUCCUGGGACCACCAGGCUCUGUGUACGAGGGAGGGGUCUUUUUCCUAGAUAUCGCCUUCACACCAGACUACCCCUUCAAACCACCCAAGGUGACGUUCCGUACCAGGAUCUACCACUGUAACAUCAACAGUCAGGGUGUGAUCUGUUUGGACAUUCUGAAGGACAACUGGAGCCCCGCCCUCACCAUCUCCAAGGUGCUCCUUUCCAUCUGCUCCCUGCUCACUGACUGCAACCCUGCUGACCCUCUGGUAGGAAGCAUCGCCACCCAGUACACAACCAACAGACCAGAGCACGACAGGAUAGCCAAACAGUGGACCAAGAGAUACGCCACAUAGACUGACAGCAAGGACCUCCACUGUCCCCUUCCCAGACCCACCGCCACCUCCCCAAAUCUGUGGAGCACACCGACCCCUCACCCCUCCGCCCCUAGCCUGGUCCCAGAUCUGUUUGUGUUGUAUAGCCAACUCCUAUGGUCAUUGCAUGCCAAACAAUGAAUUAUUGGUAUGUUUGGUAUGACAAUGACGAAUGACAUUUACAUUUAAGUCAUUUAGCAGACUCUCUUAUCCAGUUAGACCAUAGUAGUUGGCUAUAUAGCACAAACAGAUUUGGGACCAAGCUACUUGCCCCCCUCUCUGAGCCCCAAAUCUGUGGAAGCGCACACCCACCUGACCUGAUCCCCCCUCCUCAUCACAGGCGGCACCUUAAUUGGGGAGGACGGGCUUAUAGCAAUGGCUGGAACACAGUAAAUGGAAUGGUAUCAAACACAUGGCACGCCCACCCCUCCUCUGAGAACAUGAACUGUUAUUUGUCCCAUGCAGACACUUGAUCACUUCUUUUUUUAUAUAAAGAGUAUAUUGGGAUUAUUUUCCCAAUACACUGAAUGUUGAUAUGGUCAUGAAGAGCUUUAAUAAUGUUAUUCUUGUUGGUAUUAUUAUUACAUUGUUUAUUGCUUUGUUUAUCUGCAUUAUCAUCAGAGUGUGUGUACAUACUAGGCCCUUUUCAUGUGAUUGAUGAAAAAUGCAUUCUAUUCUAUUCCAUGCAUUCUAGAGCCCAUGCAUUAAAGACUCCACACAUUCUAGAGCCCAUGCAUUAAAGACUCCACACAUUCUAGAGCCCAUGCAUUAAAGACUCCACACAUUAUAGUGUCCUUGCAUUAAAGACCACACAUUCUAGAGGCCACGCAUUAAAGACUUCAUGCAUUCUAGAGUCCAUGCAUUCUAGAUACAUUCUAUUAAGACAGUCCAUGCUGAGCGUUUUUGUUUGAGGUCAUCUUCAAUUAGAGCCUGUCUGCAGAAUUAGUGUCUACAAAUGCUGAGUGGACAUUUUCUAUGAUUAAUCAUUUGAUGUUAAUAUUUUUCUGCCCCAAGAAGGUAUUGACAUGACAGUAAGGAUGUCUGGAUCUGUGUGUAACUGGUCUUGCUGCUCACCUCCUGUGGUGCUAGCCAGCUGGCAGUUGUUUGCUGUACAUUUGCCUUGUGAGAAUACAUACUUAUUGAAUACUCAAUAAACACUGGUUGUAAUGUUAA